GUUACAUUAUGUUCAUGCAAUUAUUUAUCUUUCUACAACGCUAAUUAUUCACCGAUAACUGAUAGAUAAUACCUAUUAAUGCGACAGAUAACACAUACAGAAUUGUCGUUUAUCAUAUCAGUCAGUUGAAUUGUGUACCUGAAAUAUUUUAGUUCGAUCAGUUUCCGUCUGAAGAAGAAGAAGAAAUUAUGGCUGAAGUUUCAACGAACGUUAAGGAUUUAAUUUUCGCCUACGAGCGUCAAACAAGCUCUACUGAAUCACUUGAACAUUACGAGGGCCGACGACGUGCCAAAUCGAUAGGUAACGCCUUAUCAUAUAAAUUAUUUCGUCAAUCGAAUUUGGAAAUUCACCACCUGAUAGAUAUUGAAAAGGAGUUAGUCAAAAUUGAAGCGCACUUAAACUAUUAUGAGGUUUACGAAAAGGAAACUCAAGUAGCUUUCCAAGAGCAGCUGCUUAAUGUUUUAACAUUUAUUGUGAAUAUUGAUCCAGAAGGAGAUGAAAACUAUAAACAGAAAAAGAAGGACUUAAUAGCGGAAACUCAAAAACUAUUCAGAAUUCUUACUUCAAAAUUGCCAGUGUAUAGAGUCCAAUCUUACCGAUCCAUCCACAGAACUGCUUCAAGACGAGAAGAAGCUAUAGUUUCCAGUACUUCAGCACGUCGUGGAAUUGCCUCUAGUCAAGCUUUCAAAUCAGAAGAAUCCUUAGAUUAUUCUAACAAAGACUCAUCAUCAUCUGUGGAUUUAAACACUACAGAAGAAAAAUCUCAAGCUGCUACAUCACCUCAAAUUACUGUUACCAGUGAAACUAGCUUUAUACCAUCGGUUUCAAAGUUAAAAAAGUUUUUUUCAUUCAGGAAGGAUGAUUUAAAAGUGACUCCUAAUUCAGGAGUUAGUAGAUCGCAAUCUUUAAAUACUAAAGCAAAUAAAUAUACUGUUUUCAAAAAGAGAGAAGAGACUUUAAAAGAAAAUGAUGUAGAAGGAGAGUUUGAAAAGCAUGAAGUACUUGGUUCAACGCAUAAUAAUACUAACGAUGAAAAUUUGUAUGUAGAACCUGUGCAAGAGUAUAAAGAAAUAGAAAGCGAGCACGCGCAGAGUGUUUCAGUUUCAAAAUUGAAGAGCUUGUUUGAGGUGAAACAACAAGAAACUGAAGAAGGUUUAGGGUCACUAACAAAUAAACAACCCAAUGAGUUUCACUCCGAUUUUAAUCUCCCUUACACUGAGGCGAACUUGGGAGCAUUUAGGCUAAAACGAACUAUUUCAGGGCAUUACAUGAACUUCACCGGACUGCUGAGGAAUAUCGAUGUACAAAAGAAACCCGAUCUCAAUAAAAGCAAGAGCUUGUCAGAUUUGAAGCAUUACAAAUUGAAGGAUGAUUUGAGUAAAGAGGUUGAUGAUGAUGCUGAUGGUUUUGAACGUGUUGGAAAGGAGGAUGAUGAGUUGGACAAUAAUGAGCUACAUGGAGCAAGUUUUGGGCAACAAAUUUCCGAAGAAAUAGCAAUUCAAUCCAAGGAAACUUUUGUUAUUGGAAAUGUGAAAACUUUGAAGAAAACCUUUGAAAAUCAUAAUUCGUCUGAAUUAGUGAAUGGAAAUAAAGAAAUCCAUAGGAUAAUUGAACCAAUUCAACAUCAAACUGAUGGAGAGCCUGUUUUGAAAGUACCAAUACAACUUAGAACUGGAUUUGGACAUUCCAAUCAGGUUGUUGAAAAUGAUCCGAAUGCUGACAAUCCCAAUGCUGAUAUUAAACAUAUACUCCAUAGAACCAUUGAUCCCAUUCCAAAUCCGGACAGAAGGUUGCAGGAGCCUGUUCUCAAGGUACCCAUUCAAUUGAGGACUGGAUUUUCUCAUACUAGCCAUAGUGAGGAGGAAGUUAUAGAACAUAAAAAUGGUUUCAUUGAGGAACCUAUAUUGAAAAUUCCUGUGCAAUUGAGAGGAAUGGGAAAUCUCGAAGAUCAUGCAAUAACUCAAAGCAAUGACAAAUUGGUAGAAGAAACUGUGACCUCUGGUACAGUGGAAGCUUUGAAGCAAACAUUUGAAUCCCGCAGAUUAUCACUUGAAAAUUCAACUCGUUCUGAAAAACCCGAGCUAAGAAUAUCUGAAAUGGUUGCUGAUUUUGUACAUGUUAGCCGUUCAGAAAAGGAAAUUGAAAAUGGAACUGUAAUAUUGCAUAUUACCAUUGAGCCAAGUGUCGAAGAACCAGUUGAAGUACCAACGCAAAUAAAUAAUGAUUUCGUGACUGGAACAGUAGAAGCUCUUAAACAAACAUUUGAACAUCUCAGUACCAAAACAGAAGAGAACAGUGAAGAACCUGUAUUAAAACUUCCAAUACAACUUAGAAGAUUUGAAAUUGACAGUCACCAUGCAGAAGAAGACGUUGGCAUUUUUGGCAUUUCAGAAACAAUAAAUAAUAAAGAAGAAACUGGUAGUUUGAACAAUUCAGAAAGUAUUACUGAUACCGAAAAUAAAGUAGAAGAACUAAAUAUCUCUACUGGUACAGUAGAGGUUUUAAAACGAACUUUUGAACAUCUUGGUACCACGCAUGAGGCAAACAGUGAAUAUAUUUUGAAUAGAAGUUUUGAAUCUUCUGGGAAUUCCAAUGAAGAAGCUCCAAGCAUUGAGAAUAAUUCAUUUGAAUACCAAGUGACAGGGCCUUCUGAAGAAAAUUCAUUUGUAGAGCAGGAAAUCAAUGGUGGAGUUAUGACUAUUUUGGAAUCUCCAACUAUGGCUUAUUCAACUUUACUUUCAAGUCAAAGUCAACAAGUAAGCAGCUCUUCUAAAACAUCAGUUUCCUAUUCUCAAAAAACUAGUGUUCAACGUACUUCUUCUAGCUACUUUUCCCAAAAAAGUGAAGUAUCAUCAUCCUCUUCCAGCUCUAGACUUUCAAGUCAAAAAUAUUUUGAGGUCUUAAAGAAUUCCAGUAGUCCUAGAGAAGAGAGCACAGUCACCAUUACAGAAGUUGAAGACCAAGAAACCCCAAAAUAUAAUUUGAACAUAAGCCAAGAAAAUCUAAUUGACGAAAUACUCAAAGAAACCGACUUGUACAAAAAUGUUGAUGAGGAGUUUGAAAAAUUGCUCGAUAAUACGAAUUAAGACUCCCAUUUUUAAUUUUAGUUUAAAAAGCAUUAUUGUUAUAUAAUUUAUUCAUUCUAUUGUAUUAUUUUUUUUUGUGAGUAAAAUUUAUCAAGUAAAUAAUUAUUGUUUAUAAAAAGCA